AUGUCCAGAGACGCUCAGAUGAAGGUGAUGGAGGCAACUAUUAGUAAUGCAGAAAAGUAUCUGGGUCAGUUCUGCAUGCUCCUCGCCUCCUACACUCGAAAGACGGCCAAACUUCGAGACAAAGCUGACAUGCUAGCAAGACAACUUCAUGACUAUGCCAGCACAGAGGAUCCAGAAUUGUGCAUCUGUAUAAAGAACUUCUCUGAAGAUCUGGCCAUGGUGCAGGACUACCGACAGGCAGAGGUCGAGAGGCUUGAAACAAGAGUAGUUACCCCUCUGAAAGCAUAUGGAGAUAUAGUGAAAACUAAACAUGCUGAUUUGAAAAGGUUCAAUGCAGACCGUAACAAAGAACUAAAGGAACUGCAGAGACUCGACAGGAUCAAGCAGAAGAACCCAGCUGACAGACAGAGCAUUUCACAGGCAGAAGUGAAUGUCCAGAAAGCCACCAACAAUGCAGACAGAAGCACCAGACAGAUGGAAGAGACCAUCAUUGACUUCCAGAGACAGAAACUAGAGGACUUAAAAAAGAUUUUUAUGGACUUCAUUAUGGUGGAGAUGCUGUUUCAUGCUAAAGCGCUGGAAGUCUACACACACACCUUCCAGAACAUGCAAACCAUGGACAUAGACAGAGACCUGGAGACUUUUAGGAACCGUAUCCAAGUGACUGAUUCCUAUCUGAGUUCUCAGCCUCUGCAGACUUUGACAACGAGCCGUCACCCCAGCCCUCCAUCUUCACCACUUAGAUCUACCACAGAUUUGCCUAAACCACUUGCAAGGAGAACUCUGCCCAGGCAGAUAGAGACUAAGGAUGAAGAGGAAGAAGAGGAAGAUGAGGGGACAUGUGUGUCAGAGGAGGAAGAGGAACCACACACAUUCAGACAAUCGUAUGCUGCUGAAUAUAUUAAGACUCGCAGACAGAAAUAAAAUCUUCACAAACAUGUUGUUAGGAAACUUUUUUCAGCCACACCUGUUUUGGCAUAUACUGUCUCCUAAAUCAUAAUUUGUGUGACUCUCAAAGGAACAUUUUACAAUGUGAUAAUAAAUUUUGAGUGAUGAUAUAAACUUCUACUGUUUUGUAGUUGAGUCUUGAAGAGAGAGAAAAAAAUCUUCACAUUUCUAUUAAUUUCUUUAAAUAAUAAUAAUAAUCUGUUGCAACUAGAGCAGUCGGUUUUAAUAAUGUAAAAUCAAGUGUAAAAAAUUUACUAAUUUAAUAAUAUCCUCUGGCCUGAACAUAAAUUCUGUAAUAUAGGAUUCCACAAUGAAGGGUUUCUACCACUGAAGCAAUUCGAGCUUGCAUUUCCACCCAAAUGUGAGGUAGGGUUAUGGUUUGUCUUGCAAGAGUUUUGCACACAUAAUUCAGUACAAAAAUAAUGAACCCCUGCCAUGAAACUGUGUGUAUGAUUGGCCAACUGUCAUUGCAUCACUAUAGUAAAAUAAA